UGGGACUGCGUGCUUCAGGGCGCGCUCUCUACUUUCGCCAACACCAGCUCCUUCUUCUGGACCGUGGCCAUCGCCCUCUACCUCUACCUCAGCAUCGUCCGAGCUGCGCGCGGACCCAGCACGGAACACCUACUCUGGGCUUUUCACCUCAUCAGCUGGGGUGUCCCACUGGCCAUAACAGUGGCAGCCGUCUCUCUGAAGAAGAUAGGCUACGAUGCCUCAGAUGUGUCUGUGGGCUGGUGCUGGAUCAACCUGGAGGCUGAGGACCGUGUCAUGUGGAUGCUGCUGACUGGGAAGCUGUGGGAGAUGCUGGCUUAUGUCUUGCUGCCUCUGCUCUACCUUCUGGUCAGGAAGCACAUUAACAGAGCGCACCAGGCACUCUGGGAUUCCCGCCCCAUCUGUGAGGUGCGCCAGCCGCAGCGAGGUUCCUCCACCUCCGUGGCUGAUAAGAAACUAAUCCUGAUUCCGCUCAUAUUCAUCUGCCUCCGGGUCUGGAGCACCGUGCGCUUCGUCCUGACCCUCUGUGGCUCCCCGGCCGUGCAGUCGCCUGUGCUGGUUGCUCUGCAUGGCAUUGGGAACACCUUCCAGGGAGGAGCCAACUGCAUCAUGUUCGCCCUCUGCACCCGGGCAGUCCGCACAAGGCUCCUGGCUCUCUUCUGCUGCCGCUGCUGUCCGCAACCCUCCACCCAGAACCCUCCUGGGGUGCCUGCUCCCCCCAAGAUGAGAGAAUCGCAGGAAUCCAGACGGAUCCCAGAAGGUCCCAGCACGUGA